CUACUACAGUACACUUGACAUAGCCAACUCAGUCGGCUGGCCACGCUCACGCUCCGAACUCCAUGUUCCGUGCCUCUCCCGAGUUGACACUUUCUGUCGUUCUGUGCCGAGUAUAACUAGUAAUGUCCGAUGUUGGUGACCGUCUAUCGCGUAUGGCAUAGUGAUAAUAUCGUAAAACGAAAGCUAAAAAAGUGUAUAACUGUCAUGCGACAAAAAUUGACUAUUAAUAAAAAGGUACCACGACUAUUUUUCAUCAGAUAAUGUACCAAAAAUCAGAUAAGGCUGUGAACUGUGAUAACUCAAUUUUUAUGUAAUGUGCUGUUUAUUUUUUAAGUUUUCAAGGUAGACUUCUAUUUUUAAUUCAAUAUGCUGUCAGUGGUAAGUGCCGCCGGCGUCAAUGCGGCGGCAGGAAUGGGUGGCAUGGACCGUCUGGGAGGAGGAACUAACAGUAGUAGCGGAAGUGUAGUGAGUAAUGGUAAGACCGCGUCGUCAGUAUCGUCGUCUAGAGACCAUCGGACGCAGGUGCGUAGGUUGCACUCCGCCACGACGAACGGCGUCGAUCAUCAUUCGACGCCGACGACGGCAGAUAUCACCAUCAAUUUGCCACCUAGUAUAGAAAUGCCGGACGGCGAAGAACAUCCGUUUACUUCGGCUAGGUUACACAUUCGAGAUCCAGAACAAGAAUCCGAAAUUUACCAGAAGUGUAUUCGACCGCCUCCAAACCGCACAGUUCUAGAAAGCGAGUCCCCGCCACCGUACAGAUCCUGUUCAGCCGGAAUGUUAUCGACCUCCUCAUCCACCAGCAGCACGAGCAGCGAUUGGUCGACGUCUUCGAAUCCCCUAGUAGUCCGGUGCCAUUCGAUGUCCUCAACUUCUUCAUCAAAACCUAUAAACAACCCAUCUCAUAGUGUAACUAUACAAAAGACUGAUUUUUUACAAAGAACUGUUAAAAUUUUUACGGGGGGCGGCAAAAAGACCGCCUCGCAGCAGACUGUUUAUCAACCGCCCCCGGCCCCAACGUUGCCAGUCGUCAUCGUGCCCACCAUAGUGAGGAGCCAGAGGGUCGUGAACAAACCCCCUUCUGACGUUUGACCAUACGUCACUUCUUAGCUGAUGACUUUUUGUGCGAAUACAUGUUUUUUAUUCCAUAUGUUUAGCCUCGUCUAGCGUCACGAGACGUUAAAGGUACCUAUGGUCGGCUCCUAAAGUAACACCAACACGUAUUUUUGUUAUCACGCUGGUAUUCAACAACUUAUAAUUUCUUAUAAUCAGAAAAAAUUCAUAGUAAAACAGAGACUGUCUCCAAAGUAAUAUCAAUUUGAUCAAAGAUCGACAAUUCUGCACCUCUCGUGGUUUUAUCACUUAAAUUUGACGAUAUAUUAUUUGUGGUUCCCAAAUUUUUAUAUGAUCUACAAAAUUAAAUUCAUAAAAAUAUAUUUAUUAAUAAAAACUCUGGAAUAUCAUUCAGUACAGUUGUGUAACCGUGUGCAAGUAGCUAAAGGUACAGUACGCCCAGAAUAGCAGUAGACGUGAACUGUGCGCAAACCGGAGUAGGCAUGCAGAAUUCAUUUGUGGCUUGAAUUACAGGGUUGCCACGGUUUCUACAAAUAUUGACUGAUUUCUUUGUAGGUACAGAAAUGUUGUUUACAUGAAUCAUGGUUUUGCACAAUAAUAAUUGGAAUUAAAUCAAAUCCUUAUCGCUGUAUGACUCUGUAUUCGUUAUCAGGAUCUUCAGCUAAAUUAAUAAUACAUGAUUCUGUGGCAGCAUUAAAUAAUGUCUCAUUUGAAAUGAAAAAAUCACCCUCAAUAUUUUUCACUUUGUCUACAAUUUUUUUCCACUCUUCUACGGAAAAUAUUUCAAAGUACUCAUCCGGCAAUUUUUGAAUAGAACUAAAAGUGAAAUCUACAUUUCGUGUUCUAACAAAGUUUAGGACUGUCCAGUCCAAAGAAGCUCUAUCGGGUUUAAAUCCGAUUGAUGUGGUGGGAGCCUUAAUACGUAUUGUACAGCCGGUUCCUAAAAAAACUGAUACGACUCUUGGUAAGAUUUCAUCAUGUUGAGCAGUGUAUUUGAUUGAUCUGACAUUAUAUUUAUUAUGACAGACAAAUAAUAAAAUAAACAAACAACAAACAACUGAUUCAUGAAAAAACUAAUAAGUAUUUUAGAAAAAUUUAAACGCAGGAUGAAAGAUUACAUUAUUACCGAGGGCGGAAAGCCCCUUAGAAUAAACAAGCAGUUUCUAUUGAAUGAAAUAUUUGAAAUUAAAUAUCACACUUUUUUUUAUUUUCAGCCCUGUAACUUAUUAAAAUAAAUAUUAUAGAAGUUUUCAGGGACUUUCAGCCCUCGGUAAUAAUGUAGUCUUUCAUUCUGAGUUUAAAUUUUUCAAAAAUAUUUAUUAGCUUUCUCAGGAUUCGAAAAAAAAAUGAAUACAAUUAAAAUACAUUGAGAAUUUUGACAUGCGUCACAAUUUUGCAUUAACUCAAUGUAAAAUUCUAAACUGUUGAAUUCCAGCUUCCCUAAUUAUUUGACAUCAAAAGACAUUAGAAACUAUUUGUAGAUGAUUCAAAUCUGUAUUGAAAACAACUGUUAAAAUUGGUCUACGUAAUUAAACAUAUUCCAAAAUUUUGUAAAAAUGUAAUACAUUUUAGUUUUCAGCCCAAACUUAGGCCACACACAAUGCAAUAAUGUUCACAUUUUUGAACUGUCAAUAUUUUUAUUUUAUCAUCUAUUGUUUAAAAACAAUACAGUUGAUAAGAUAUCCUCAGUUGCGGAGAAAAUAUUAAUAAUAAAGAUUAAUAAUAAAGUCUAAUAACCGUGGAACAUAAUAAGCUAUCUGACAAAUUUUAAGAUUUGGCAGUGACAUUGACAGUAUGUAAAUAUUAAGUAUUUAUCCUUCAAAAUACACUGCUCAAUUUUCUACAAAAUACGCGUCAAGAGUCGUAUCAGUUUUUUUUGGAACCAGGUGUACGUUAUUUCUAAUAAUGGAAACAACACCAAAUAUUUCUCACUUUUAAGCAAUCUACCAUUUUAUUCUUUGUUGAUGCGGACGUUGGUGCCUUAUCGUCUUGAGUAUUGUGAUCAGGUGCAUUGUCCAUUACAACGACUUCUUCUUCUGUAUCCUAUUUUCGGAUGUUGGAAAUCACAUUUUCAAUCAUAACCUUGCUCGCUGCGCUGCGGCUCAAAUCAGUUCCGUUCAGGUUUUCUUAAACCAUAUUCUCAAAUUCCGCAGCCAUGAUAUUCUCCUUCUGCCGGGACCUCGCUUACCUUUGACUUUACCUUGCAAUAUGGACUGCUGCAGGGAGUAACGGUGCUGAUUUCCUACAACGUGUCCCAGAUACUGCAAUUUUAUGCGUUUGAUGGUAAACACAAUGACACUGUUGGGAUAUUUUUGACGAUGUUGCUGCUUUAUCUUCUUGAGUAUUGUGAUAUAGUGCAGUGUCUAUUAGGAUGACAGUGUUGGGAGGUAGUUCUUCUAGCCACUUUUUGUAGUUGACAAAAUUCAUAAUAUAAUCAUGGCAAUCAGCCAAUUUUGCUUGGGACUUCCAUCUCACAUAUAAGAUCCACCGACAAAACCUAUUUCGUCCCCUGCACCUACAAUGAUUAAACAUUGGCCCUUGGGAUUGGUUUUUUAAGUCUAAUGUUCUUUCCAUCAGUCCAACUAUUACUGCGAUUGUAUGACAUGAAAGUAAAUAUGUUUCAUCAACCAGAAAAUUCAACCCAAAAAUCUCAUAUAGUUUGCUAUUCUAUUUAUUGGAUUAUUUAUCAAAUUACCUGUCAUACUAGCCCAGUGUUUUGCACUUUUUUAAAUUCAAUAAUAGGUUUAUCAGCAACUGGUUCUCGUUGAGCAAAUUUUAACACUAAGUGUAUUAUUUUACGACUUGAGCAUGAGCAUUCAAAAUUUUUCGCUUCAAUUUAUACUGUUGAUGCAUUUUUAGAUUAAAUGAACAAUUAGAAGAUUCAAAAUCAGUAUUAUUAAAAAUUGAGAUUUUACACAAAAUUUGUCAACGUCGCGAAUCUCUUCUACAGUGAAACUAUCCACAUAAACAUCCUAAUAAGCGGUUCUCAAUCAACUGAUCGCACAAUAUGUUCACGUCUAUUCGUAUUCUGGUUCACCUGUAGUUGUUGAAGGUGUAAAUAUUGCUGAAAAUUCGAAAUACAACCGUUUCAAACAGGCCAGCUUAGUUUCAAUGUCACAUGAUAGUUUUUUUUAUAUCAGCAAACAUUUUCCUACCUCUACAGAAACUAAGAUGCCAAGAAAUAUGUAAUUCAAAACUUUUCCCUUUCAAUAAAUAAUGAAAAUGUACACAAUUUUUGAAGCUGAAUAAGAAUAAAAUGAAAAGUGUUUGAACUGUCUGUAUGAAAUUAAAAUUUCGACCAAAUAGGUCCAUAAAAACCACAUAAAAAUUUUGAUUACCCUACGUGCUAAACUAAGUACAUGUUUUCUAAAUAUCUUUUUAUUUUCUUUUUGGGAGCCGACUUUAUAACACGUUGAACGUACAUUCCUGAUACAAUUUGUGUGUGUCAAAAAGGUAAAUAUAUAACUAAGUUGAAGUAAGUUUUGGAAAACAGUUUUGAAAACAAAUAUUUUUGAUAUUUUUACUUCCAAAAAACAACUUGUUUUUUUUCUCUAUAAUUUAUGAAUAUAUUUCUAUAUUAUAUAACAUAAUGAGGAUUUUCAGGUGAAAUUUUAGCGCAAUUAAAGGUCGGGAUUGUUCGCAAAUAUAAUUCUAGUCAUUUAUUGCAUAUCUUCGAUAUUUCUUUAGUUAUAUGCUCUUCUGUAUAGCUGCCAGAUAUUGUUACUUAUUACUUACUACAAAAUUUUGUCUUGUUAUCUCCUUGUGUACAGUCCUGCUCCUAAGUCUUAGGUAAGUUAACCUUUUUGUCUUGAAAUUUCUUCCAAAAUAUUCCUGUUUCGCUUGAUUGUCUUCAAAAUUCAAAAUCUCCGUUCCUCAAGCCUUUAAACUCAAAAUCUUUUUCCUUAUCUGGACUGUUUUCUCUGUUCUUUGCCCACUGACAUGGAAAAUAGGACAGCAGAUAUUAAGCAGCCUUGUCAAGCUCCACAUUUGACUGGAAAAGAUAUCAACAAGCUUUUCUUGGUGUUGCAUUUGGUACUUGAAGCUGCUAGAUUGUCCUACGUCAUCUAUAUAAUCUAUAAGGUAUUCUACUGCUUAUCACUUGCAACCAAGUUAACCCAGGAUUGUUCCGAGCCUUACAAUCCUCAAUGACUAGGCUAGGUUGCCAGCUUUUAGGUUGUGAGCUUCUAUUAACCUAAAGGUUCUUUCCAGAACGAUUCUAAGGUACACCUAAGGUUGUAGUAAGGCACCAUCUCAUCACAACUGAUUCUUAGGCAAUCUAGUCUGCACUUUUUGUAAACUUCUUACAAUUUUUUGCAGUCUUAUUUUGCUCUAAAAAAUAUAUAUGACCAAUAGGUAAUUUUAGGUUCCACACUCGAUAUAAAGAUAGUCAGUAGUUUGGUGUAACUUCAGACUCAACUGAUAGAGAUUAGAAUGCUGAAUUUUGAAAACUAAAGGUUUUAUAUGUGGUUUGUUUUCUGUAGCAAGCCAAACUCUUUCGUCGCUUUCAACAGCAUAUCUACUCCAUCUCAAACAAAAAUGCUUCCCAAAAAUCGAUCAUUAAACCCUAAAAACACGUUGACCAACACAUUCCACUGAAAAUGUUUAGCCUUUCCAAGAUAGAUGGAUUUGUUUCUAUUCGUACCAUUUUUAAUGAUUCUGUACACUGAUGUGACCAAUAGUAAAUAUUAAGCAGCCUUCUCAAGCUCCAGACUUGACUGGAAAAGACAUCAACAAACUUUUCUUGGUGUUGCUUUUGGUACCUGAAGUUGCUAUAUGGGACCUACGUCAUCUUUAUAAUAUUUUGGGUCAUUUAAGGUUGUUUUCUUACUUUCUAGUUUUCUGUAGGAACCAAGUCAAUUCAGCGUUGUUCCAAGCCUUAAAAUCUUCCGUCAGGUGGUUAAAUUUUAGAUAGUCCAAUACUCUGAAUGAGAUAUUGUAAUAUUCUUUAUUUACUAGUCACUUAAAUAAUUUUUCAAAUGUCUUCCAUUUACAAUACUCUCAUUAUGAGGAUUCCAAUUCCUAAGAAAUCAAUUAAUUUAUAAAAAUUUCAUCUUAUCUGUAAUUUGCGAAAUCUCCACUCCAAAUUUUUUUAUGUCUCUAAAUGAGCUUAGUCACGUAUUUGACGCAAUAAUUUUCAAGACUUCCAGGAAAGGAAGAUACCUACUAUAAAAAGGCCUUAUCUACUUUAUAUCUUAUCAAACUUUGUUCGAUCACUUGCAGCAUGAAUGAACGAGACAAAAUUUCGGAUUACACCACACCAUCUGUCUAAUCUUUGGGUAUUACUUAAUGCAGAUAAGAGAGUUCCCAAUUAUGUAAAAUGAUGUCAUUUUAAUAAUUGUAUGCUUAGACUGUUUUUGUUAAACUAAUCCGGAGACUAAUUACAAAAUAUUUCAAAAACACAUUGUUGACCAUAUUUUCUUAUAGACAGACCAUUUCAGAUUUCACCAUUUGAUUCGAUUUACAUGAGGUUUAUAUUUUUCAUCCACUACUUCUAUUCACACUGGUCCAAAGUUAUUUUCUCGUUUUUUUGAACUAAUUUUUUAAUUAAACAAUAUCAUAGAACUGAAACUACAUUUUUUGGUGUUUCCGCUUACACAUUUUGGAAAAAAACUGUCGAACUGGGUGCCAAAAAGUUUGAUUAUUGCUUUUAUUGCCUUUUUUGCUAUUCCUAUUCCUAGUCCUGCUAUACUUACACCUACUCUCCAUUUUAUCCCUACUCCUGUUCAUUCACCUGCUUAUUCUUUACUUUCUCCUUCCUGCAUUAUAAUUAUGAGGUUUGAACUGUAUGAGGCUUUGUUUUCUUUUAGAUUGUCUAUGUUUUCUUUGUAUGAACAUUUGUUGUGGCAUUCCUUUUACCUUUUUCCUCAAAAUACAUUGAUUGAAAUUCAAACUAUCUAAAAGUGUUUUUGCAAAAACUUCUUAGUUGUAUUGUUAAAAAUUCCUUCAGAAGUAAUUUGUGACAGGGCAAUGCAAGUUUAAUGGAAAUUUUCAGGCUAUCUUUGCCAUUUGGUUCCUCGAUUUCAAAACGAGUUUUCGAGCUAGGUCAUAUGAACAAUUUCCUACUACUCCUAAACUUACUGUUAUUGUCAGUUUGCCCCUAUUCCUAUUUCUCCUAUACCUACCCCCAUUCUGGCCCUCUUCUUCCCCAUUCACCUCUUUAUUUUUCAGUUUAUCUUGACUACAUUAUAUUAUGAGGAAUUUUACCGGAUGAGGUUUUUUUAUGUGGUGUCUUUCAAAUUCUCCAUUUUUUUUAUGUUUGAAGAUUUGUUGGGGCUUUCCUUUUACCUUGUUUUUCAAAAUAAACUGACUGAGUUAAGAUUCAAACUGUGCAUAUAUUUUUCUCAAAAAUUCUUAUUUAUAGUGUUAAAAAUUUCACGAGAUGUGAAAUUAAGCACUAUCUCCUUUUUUUACCUUUUUUCCCCAUAUUUCGAAAAGAGUAAGGAAGAAAAAUGUCAAAAAUCCAUUAGACUAUUAGUUAAUAAUAUUUAUGUAUAUCAUACCAAAACUGUUUUUCAAUCAAGCAAAUGCAGUGCAAUCUUUAUAAAUAGAUAAACUUAAACAAAACUUUUCGACCACACUACAAAUUGUGUUAGGAAUCGUUUAACACGCGGUACCAACAGCACAGAACUAGAUCUUGCGUAAACUGAAAAAGUUCUGUGCAACAAACUAUGUUUUACCCAAAGAAGUUAGAAAAAUUGGCAGAGAUACACCAAAUUCUAAAACUGCAAAUUGAAUUACCUAAUUUAAAGAAUGUUUGUGAGGUUAAGUCCCACAAUUUUUGUAGGUUAUGUCAUCAACAACUUUUUUUUAAGUGUAAAAAAUAUCUCUGAAAGAUUUUUAACUUCUUGUUGGGUAAAAUGUGGUGUGUUGACAAAGACGCAGGGGCAAAAAGCUGUCGCCAUCGUGUAUGUGUACGACAGGGUGAUUAGCAACGACUUUUAAGGACGUUUAGUAUUUUUUUAUUAAAAAGCGUAUUAUCUGAACGAUAAAACACUUUUUUAAAUGUGGUAUACAUGUGUAAAAAUAAAUUAAAUACAAUUGCAAAAAUCGACUAUACCGUAUUCGGCUUUAGUGACAAAAAAUUGCAAGUUUAGAAGAGAAAUAAACAUAGACAGCUACCUUAUAAUCUUAGUACAUGUAUUUCUGUUAGAGCACUUGGAUUUGGCGGAAUAUUCAUCAAUCAACUAUAUAUUGGAAACAUUUUUAAACACAUAACUUGUAUAACUACGAAUAUAACGAACUAUAUCUAAUCCUACUGACUGCGCCAAUUGAAAACAUUCUGUCUAAAGCUAGUGUACCGUAUGGUCGAUUUUUGCGCAUUCAAAAAACCAUUGAAUAAAAUAAUAUAAGUCAUUAAAUCUAGUUAAAGUGAAAUAUCUAUGCAUGGGCGGUUAGAACGUGCCAAAUGUGAAUAAUAUGUUUUUAUGUACCGUGUACAUGGAUUUUGUUGUAAGCAAUGCAAUUUUUUUUUUCUUAGCAUAAUCUAUUUUUAAUUUGGAGGCUGUUUUUAGUUUUUUUUAUUUUCAAAUUGGACGUAGAAGCUUGAAAGUGAGUGUCUUACUUGAAAUCUUUUAGCUGUUUUGGUUCAAGAUCAAAAAGAAAAGCUUCGUGGAACAACAGCAUUAAAAUCAAGAAGUGAACAAAGAAAAGGGCAUAAUAAUAUCUGCAUAAGCACAAAAAAAUCUUGCAAGAACUGUAAAAUAAACAAAAUUAGAAGAUAAUGAUAAUAAGAGUGUAUACACAGUAGUGGGCCUGUCAUUAAAGAAAACUUUCUGGACUACAUUGAAAACUUUUUGAAAAAUAUAAUUUUUAUAAGAGACACAGUAUCUCGGUAGACUUUUCUCUCCCUAAAUGAUAAAUUGGAGAUUACAUUGUACACAUUUUAAUCUACCUAAAACGUAUUUUUUAACAAUAAAGAAAUAGUUCCAAGAAAAAUUUGCAAGGAAGUUAACCAUGUGAGCCCAAGCCAAACAUUUAAUGAUCAAAUGUGGAAUAGAACAAAACUGAACACUCUCAUUAUUAUAUUUUAUAUAAUAAUCUCCAAGAAGAAGAAAUGUGUCAAUACAAAAUUUUCAUUGGUUGAUUAGAUGAUACUCAGUGUUUUAUACAUAUAUUUGCAAAAUGAUCUUGUUCAUAGAUCAAAUGUCUUAUGUUCAACUGUUUUUCACACCCUAAAAUGAUUUGAUAAUACUAUUUCAUACAAAUAAACCACUGACUUUACACUAAGAUGAAUAAUAUUUUAAAAACGACGAUCAAACUUAUCAGUAGUUGAACCCAAACAGCUUAAUUUGGUUUGUGGAAUGCUAUCUAUGGAGUCAUCUGCAAUUCACUUGCAUAUUUCAAGGCCUUGACUUGAUUUUAUUAUCUAAGAUGUACCCAACAUUACUCAACAAUGAUUAAUAAGGUCCAGAAAAUUCCUGAAAAGGAAGCAUUCAAAUUUAGAUGAUAGGAUUUCCAAAAUAUUGUAGCUCAUAGAACAAAUAUGUUAUGUUCAACUGUUUAGUAGCACUGUUUCUUUAAAAUGAUCCACUGUUUUUACACCAAUAUCAUAAAUGGCUUAGAAUCUAGAAUCAAAGUUACCAACUUUUGAGUUAAGCCCCUCAAUUAAGCUUUCAAGCUUUCGACUCUAUAUAUGGAGUCAUCUACAAGACAUUGUCAUUUUUCAAGACAUCAAUCUUCUGAUUUCAUCGUUUGCCAUGUACCAAAUACUAUUGAACUACAAUUAUCAAGUUCUGGAAGGUAUUACCGUAUUUCAAAUGUGAUAAAUUCUGAACUAUUUCUGAUUAACAAAAUAAGUUAGCAAUCGAAAUAGCACAGAAAACGACAAUAAAUAUCGUUCCCAUACCACCAGAUUGACAACAGGUGGAAUACAUUCUUUGGUUACAACCUCCAGAGAUUUUUUUACAACGAUAUUUAUUGUCGACUACUGAUGAGGAGGAAAAAACCUCCGAAACCGGUAUAGACUCUUCCUACACUCUCCGAUUUAACCAGAGUAUUAUGCAGCUGCUGCAUUUUCGUGGUGCAAAGAAAUUAAAAAUGUUCAUACAUUUUUUUUAUUUCUGAUUAAUCUGUGCACUUGUCAGCAAACUUUGUAGAAGAUCGCACUUGACAGAUAAAAUUACUAAUUUACAUUCAGUAAUGGAUAAUUACUCUGUCAUUAUCAUUAGUAACGAGGAACAAUGCAAAAAGUGGUGGCAAACGAAAGGAAAUAUCCAAAACUAUGUGACACAUCGAUAAUCACAUACUUCUAGUGAGUCUAGUGAAGUUUUUCACACCGUUUCAAGGAACAAUACAGUUUUUUAUUUAUUUUAUCUGUGAUUUCAAGUAAAACACUCAUAUUUAGGUCUUGUUACAGAUAUAGUAUGGCACAAAAGGGGUCUAUGUAGAAGAUCAAACAAUUCUUAUUUAUUUUUAGGAAAUUUUUACUUUGUAUGAAACUUUUUUGAUCAGUUAUUAUUUAUUUUGUACUUUAUACUUUGGGCAACUCUGGGUAUUUUUAAACUCCGAAAAUUAUAUAUAAAAGGUGUCUAGAUUGUUAAACAUUGUAUGGAGACUGCAAAAAUUGAUCAGAAGUGAAGUAAAGGUUUAAAAUGAUUUAGAGUUUAUUGAAUGCUUUAAGGCUUUUGGUACUGUCGAAACUACAAAAUUCUGUUCAUUUUUUUCCAUAUUGCUCUGUGAUUAGAUGUACAGCUUCUAUCCGCCGUGAGCUCGUAGGUAGAGGGGAUUUUUUAAAAUUCGUGAGCGCCAGUAGUGGCAAAUCAGUGAACUUUUUCUGGAAAUUUGACAUAAAUGUCGAAGUGAUUAAUUUAAAACAUUGAAAUUAAAAACAUUAAUAGGAAAAAAUAUUAGUUGGUCAAAGCUGUGGCAUAUAUUUUUACCUUAAAUAUAGUUAGGUACAUUUUAAAUACUAAAAUUUCGUUUUUUUACAUUCUAUAAUAAUAAUUAAUCUAUUCAUUUAGCGCCAUCUACACGAUAAUUAUGAAAGUAUCCGAAGUAGGAAAGAAGGAAACUAGUCAAUAUAACGUCAAAAUAAUAAAUAAAAUCUUAAAAAAAUAAUCAUAAUGAAUCAUAUUAAAUUCUGUACUUACUGAUAUUAACCAUCGAUUACAAUCUGAUUAUUUCUUGCGUUGAUAAAAAUUAAAUAAAUUGCCAGUGAAUUUGCACAAGUAAUCCGCUAGUUGGCGAUACCAGCGAAGCUCAUAGGGAAUAGGGCUUUUCAUUUACAGUCAUUUUUUUCGAGCUUUUGUCAAAUAUCGUAUAAUCCAUGUAUAUUAAUAUUAUACACAGAUUAUACAAUAUAUGACAAAAGCUCGAAACAAAUGACCAUCGAUGAAAAGCCCUAUUGCAGAUUGAUGUCAUAAAAACUUCUUCAACUCUCUUUAAGGCUGCUUUAUGUAAAGAGAAAAUACUUUAAACCUAUUUGUCUAACACAUACACCCCACCAUGAGUUUAAGGUGUAGAAUAUAACGUUUUCUUGUCUACAAUGUAGCAAAAUCCACAUCCAGGGAAACAUGGAAGAUGAACGGAUGAAAACUGGAGGAUAACAAUUAAUAAGGAUAAUUAUUGACUUGAUACACCUGAAAUAAAGAUUGUAAGCAGUGAUAAAGUAGAUAGAAGCCCAAAUGACACUAACAUUUGUUUAAUAUGCCUAUGUGACUAAAGAGAAACAACGACAAUAAACCUUAUCAAUAUUUUUGAAAGAAAGAUUUUGAACAAUCAAACGAGCGUUCGUAUUUAUAUACGACUUUAUUAGUUUAUUUAUACAAGUUUCCUUUACAAAUCUCUAGCUUAAACUAAACUUAUUUACAAAAUCCGUUCCUAUUUAUAGCCCAGCCGUUAUUUCUCGAAGAUUCUGCCCAUCUCUAGUUAUCAGCUCGUCACGCCUACUUGAGGUACGUUCUCGAACACCCUUUACCCAUCCGCCGCUGCCUCGAAUAUUCGAUAGCGUCAUUCUUACACAUUUCGAGUUGUGUACCGUUAUACGGGGGUCGGUCAAGAGUUCUCUUUCGUUACAAUAUUGAGAAGGAUAUUGGGACCCAUUUGCGACAAUGGUAUGUAGAGCACAAGGUUCAAGAUCAAUAAGUUCAGUUCUUUAUAAUAACUUGGUUCCCUUUCUUCUUCUCAGUUUCUAUCGCCACGAGUCAUUCGGCUGCCAACCAGCUUAGUCAACUGACAUGUAAGCUUUCUUCUUUUCUGCUUAAGUGUCAAAACUGUGCUUCUCGUCAUGUUGCGUUUCAUAACAAAACAAGGUUAAAUGUCAAAAUUUUUAAGUUCAUUUGUCAGUAAACUUUGAUCGUGGCUAAUGCUCUUAUACACGGAGCAACAAGGAAGGCCAAAGUUUGACAGUAACUCAUAAACGGAUUAUUUUGUAUGAGGAUUUUAACGUUCUUCAAAUAUCAUAAACCACUCAUACUCCACUAUACCAAGAAAAGAGCUUUGGCUUCAGAAAUAGGCAAAAUCGUAUUGUAAAGUGACAGUCGCAAUGUAAAUAAAAGGAAAGCAUAACGAAGUAUUGUACACUCGGAGAUCGCUGGGAAAAUUUACACUCAAAAUAACAAAAUUCAGUUUGGCAACACUGUGUGAAUGUUGAUAGUAACAUAUCCCUUUUAAGAUCAACAGAACUGUAAUUUAGUCCAGACAAAUUAAUAUAUUUUUUUGCCAACAAAAAUGAGAUUUUUUAACCAAAUAAUGUUUCAAAUAUGAUGUACAAAAUAAUUUUUAAUUGGGUUCUGUUAAUGAGCUUGCUUUUUUUGUCAUUAAAGUAGAAAAAACUUUAAAUUUCACUCAUUAAAUCAUUAUCUUAAUUAUUUUAACUGUAGUAAUAUCCGUUGAGUAAUUCUGAAUGAUUAAUGGGUUGUUAAAACAUUUUAUCUGUAGCGGCUUCUGAAAUGUCUUAAAAAUAUCGAAUUUCAUUGAUAAAAUGCGCAUAUCCCACCGAUCUUCGUUUCGAUCAUACUAAAAUGGUUUGUUAGUAUCUCAUUGUCGUUCUUUUAUACGCCGUCCACACUCUCGCCGGAGUCGCUCGAGGUUCAACAAGUACGAGAGUGUAGACGGCCACCUUGUGUAACUUUGCCUAACUUCGUUCUACUUCCGAAAUCUGUCGGUCUGGCGCGUCCGAGUCAAAGGGAUCUUUGUCGGUAUCGCACCGCUUGAAUGUGUUCCUCGCGAAGUAGAACGAGUCUGUAGAAAGGCACUUCGGACUUCGAUCAACUUUGGCGAAGUAACUUCGCCGAGAGUGUUGAGCCCGUUCUAGAUGUACUAAAUAUUUAAGUAUUUAUUUAUCAAAAUAAAUGUAUUCAUUUGCUAAUAACAUGCAGCAUGCAGUAUACAAUUUUAUCUUUAUUCUCACAUCUGAUCCCAGACAUUUUAAAUUAAAGAACCGCUAUCAAUAUUAUAGACCUUUUAAAAUGUUUUGUCCAAUCUACAUAUCGACCUUUUGUGUGUCAGACCAUAAUUUUAUCUAUUCUUUGUUAUUAUAUGAAAAUGUAAUCUCUCUAAACAUAAAAACAGAGAUAGCAAUGAUUAAAAAAGUAAACAAAUAUAAAAUAUAUUACUUUUUUUGAAAGCAAGAGAUUAUAAUAAUUAUUUUAAUUUUUAUUUAUUUAUUUUUUAAAUAAACUUUUAAAAACUUGA